AUUAGACAAGAGUCAAGAGACAUACAUAGGCUGAGAGAAAAAAACUGCAUUGAAUGAAAAGGGAACAGAAAAGAGAUCUAAAAAGCAGGAAGGAAGAAACAGAACCAGAGAAAAGAGUUUCAGUGGACACAGACACCAGAGCAGUUGCAAGGAUGUGGAACACCACGGAUCUCCUGCGAAACAAUUCCUUCUCUUGUGCUUCCCCGUCGGUGGAGGGCUACCGCUAUUUUGGUGUCCUCUUGGGAUCAGCUGUCACCAUAGUAGGAACAAUAGGGAAUAUUCUGACAGUGCUCGCCUUUGCAACAAAUACCAACCUGAGGACGCGUUUCAACGUUCUCAUUGUAAACCUGGCCCUCGCUGACCUCCUCUACUGCACUAUGCUUCAGCCAGUCAGCGUUGACUCAUACCUGCACCUGCGCUGGAGGGGCAGAUCCACCUGGUGCCAGAUGUUUGGAUUUCUCCUGUUCCUAUCCAACAGUGUUUCCAUAAUUACGUUAUGUCUCAUCGCUAUGAGUCGUUACCUGGUUGUUGCUCAUCGCAUGUCACGCUUUGCUCGUUUGCUGCUCUCUCAACGUGGCAUUGCUUUGCUCCUCAUUUCAUCCUGGACACUGGGUCUGGCCAGUUUUGGUCCCCUUUGGCCCGUCUAUGUAUUUGCACCACAGGUGUGCACCUGUAGUUUCCAUCGAACAAAGGGGCGACCUUACACCACUGUGUUGCUUUUCCUUUACUUCUUUCUCGGCCUGGGUUUCGUGGGAUUGUUCUACUUUCUGAUCUACCGUAAGGUCCGUAUUGCUUCUAAAGCAUUUCUGAAGUAUAGGCCCAGCCUUCGUUCAUCCAAACGCAAGAAGGCAGAACCCGAGGGGACUGACGACAGUGGAAUCAGUGCUGGAGCUUCAACUCAAAGCUGUGAGAUCAGCAACAACAGUGGCGUUGGACCAGAGCACCACAAGAACAAAGCCCUUGAGAACUCUGGGGAUCCUGAGGGUCACACAACCAAACAAGAGCCUAAGACAACUUCAAGUACCAUUCAGGACACCGCAAAGCCUUCACAGCUCAAAAUCCAGACCACAACUCCAGAAUCCACUAUAGGAGAGGACAGCGAAUUUAAACGCGUGACUCGAAUGUGUUUUACGGUCUUCUUGUGUUUUGUUGGCUGCUUUGCACCAUUUAUUUUAUUGAAUGUAGCGGAUAAGGCAAACCGUGCUCCACAGGUGAUUCAUAUGAUUUGUGCAAACCUUACUUGGUUAAAUAGUUGCAUUAACCCUUUGUUGUAUGCAGCCAUGAAUCGACAGUUUAACCAGGCCUACAAAGACCUGCUAUGUAAAGGUGUACAGCCACUCACAUGGAUAUGGAGAUCGCAACGAUUCAGGAUAAAAUGAAGAUUUGUACUCCACAAGUCAUUUCAAACUGAACUAGAACUGUGAAUCACUCCAAGCAAUUGCCUUUUAAACAGUAUUAGGUUCAGUCCUUGUAGUAACUGUAAUCUAAUUACUUUUAAGUCCAAAAGUAAUGACACAUUACAUGUUUUAUUAAAAUGUAAUCAGAUAAGUUACUUUCAGUUAAGAUAAGUUACUUUUCAUUUCAGGACAUCACUAGGUUACACAUUUCUCUCUCUUUUUUAAUUUUUUCUCCCCAAUUUGGAAUGCCCAGUUCCCAAUGCGCUCUAAAUCCUUGUGGUGGCAUAGUGACUCACCUCAAUCCGGGUGGCGGAGGACGAAUCUCAGUUGCCUCCAUGUCUGAGACCGUCAAUCCGCACAUCUUAUGUGGCUUGUUGAGGGUGUUACCGCAGAGACAUAGCGCGUUUGGAGGCUUCACGCUAUUCUCCGCAGCAUCCACGCACAACUCACCACACGCCCCACCGAGAGCAAGAACUUCAUUAUAGCGACCAUGAGGAGGUUAUCCCAUGUGACUCUACCCUCCCUAGCAAGCGAGCCAGUUUGGUUGCUUAGGAGACCUGGCUGGAGAGGGUUACACAUUUCUAAAAGAAUAUUAUUUUUAUAGAAUACAUUUAAAACAAGAAUAAUGUUCUAAUGUAUGUCCGUUACGAGUCCUGUAACGAGUCAUUUUAAGGAAGAAACUUGUGCAGAGUGUAUGUCUUGAGUGAAACAAUGAACAGUGAUGAAAUAUAGACAUUUUUUAUUGAAUUUGUUGAGUGGAAAAGUGUUUUAGAAAGUAACCUUAAAGUAAUUAGUAAUUUAAUUCCUUUUCCAAUGAAGUAGUCCGUAAUCAAAUUACAAUUUUAGAUAAGUAAUUAGUUAUCUUUAAUGAAAAACCAAGACUGCUGCUUGAUACAUACAGUAUAAUGCACAAUUAAGGCACCAAAACUAACAAUAACUGAAAUGACAUAUAGGUUACAGCAAAUAUCAUUUUAUAAGCAUUGGGCUCAAAAAGUCUUCGACCACUAGUAAAAAUGCUUCUUUUUACAUUUUUCUUAAUAAAAAGAAUUGCAUUGGAAGUUAAAUUAUCCAAAUAACACACAAUAAAUCUGAACUGAAAAAUCAAUCAAUGACAGCAUGCACUCCAGCUGGCAUGGAGUAUACAAGUUUGUGCAAAAGCUGACUAUCCUUGUUAUUCCAACAUGACAUGAGAAAUUUUCCAAUGACUAUCUUGUGUCCUGCAAUGGAAGCAAGGAAAUUUGACCUUUUGUACAAAGAAUUAACACAGUCAAUGUCAUAAAUGUGCUAAUUUCAUUAGCGAAUUAGUGAAAUAGCAGAACCUUAAAAAUGUGUCACUCAUUUUACAUCAUGUUUUUUUCUUCUUUGUUUUCAAUUUCUCAAAAUCAUAAGACUUUAUUUCCAGGUUUAUAUUAGAUUUAAAUCCCAGAUGUUCAAUGUGCUCUGAGAUUUUUAUGUUUUGUAUUGUCUAUGUUAUAUCCUAUUUUCUAUUUAAGGCUACUUUGCACAUUAGAAUAGGUUUUCUGGAGUACUUUUAAGUUCAGCUUUUAAAAAUGAAGGCUUCUGUAAUUAAACAUAUCAUGCCCUGUAAGCAAUUCUUUUUUAAGCUGUGGGAUUUUCCAGCUCUGUCAAAGAUCGGAAAGAAAAUGUGUCCUGUCACUUUUCACUGUGCACACACACAAACUUCCUCUCUUUAUCAGUUCCUCUUUUCUGUGAUUAUACAUUGGCAGAGGAAAUAUUGUGUGCUGUAACAUGAUUCAUAAGAUAAAGGACAUUUGUAACCUCAUUUACAAAUGAACAUGGAAGUUUAAAUUGGGCAAUAGUAAGGGUUGGGAGGGUUACUUUUGAAAUGUAUUCCACUACAGAUUACAGAAUACAUGCUGUAAAAUGUAAUUUGUAAUGUAUUCCAUUAGAUUACUCAAGGUCAGUAACGUAUUCUAAAUACUUUGGAUUACUUCUUCAGCACUGGUAGAUUUUUUUCACUUGUUUUGACUAUAAAAACUCUGCCAGUACAGUAAGACAAAAUACACAUGUUAAAAAUACAUUUUCUGAAAAACCUAAAUAUCUUAUGCAAUGUUGUUUCUAAAGCAAGAUAAAUCAAAUUGAUCUUGUUUUAAGUAUUUUUAGAUAUUUUUACAGGAAAUCAAUAAAAAAAUUGUCAUCAAGAAUAAGAUUUUUGCCCUAAUAUCAAAGGUCUUACUAGAAAAAAGAAAUUAUGAUCCAAUGUGAAUUUUCUUGAUAAAAAAAUAUGAUCGUGCCUGGUAAUAUGUGCAUGUAAAAUGGCUAGAAAUAGCAUUUUAGCUUAGUGUAAAGCUGACAAUUUACACAAGGUUUAUUUCUAUUUCUUCUGCUCCAAACUUACUUCAAACUUACUUCUCUGUCUGCUCGUAUGAAUGUAACACAUCAUAAGAAAGUGUUUCACCACUGUUAAAAUGCACUUUGGAUCACAUCAUUUAUAUGUAUAAAUGUUUUUCAUCUGAAAGGACUAAAUAUUAAAUGACACAAAUGACAAUAAAAUGCAAAGUAAUCUCUUCAGUAAUCAAAAUACUUUUUGAAUGUAACUAUAUUCUAAAUACCAAUGAUUUAAAUUAUAACUUUAGUGGAAUACAGUUACUUAUAUUUUGUAUUUUAAAUACGUAAUCCCAUUACAUGUAUUUCAUUACUCCCCAACCCUGGCAAUAGUGAAAGCAAACAGAAGUGCCACAGCUUCAUUUAUUACCUCACGUUUGAAACCACAAGACAGUUCCAUGUUAAGUACUCUCUUCUGCAUACUUUACUGUUUUUGUUUGAAGCAUCUAUCAACUGUUUAUGCUCUGCCAUCUACAAAUUAAAUAAGAAACCAUUUCUGCAUUUUGCCAGUUUUGAGGAAUAUUUUCACAAUUCUUUAGAAUCUUUAUUAAAAUAAUUAUUUUUUUUCUUUACUUAAUAUAUGCAUAUUGAUAUCAGUGUUUUGCCAGUCUAAUUAAUGUAUAAAUAUAUGUUUACAGUAUAUUUCUAAAGAAAAUCUUAAAUGAAAAGCAAUAAUUUAUUUUUUAUUUGUAAACUGCUUCGUUUAAAUACUGAAAUAAAACAAAGCCAGCAGUGUUUUUA